AUGGGGUUUGAUUUGAGAUUUGGACGGCCGGUGAACAUUGAGCAAAGAGGCUUGGUGACUGAAAGUCUGAAUGCUCGGAUGCAAUGUAUCGACUUCACGCGAGGUGACCUGUUAGAAGACAUUAAAGGAGAGUUGUUUGCAAUGCCCAGCAAUUACAAACACCGCUUCCACCGCCAACUCUUCGCUGUCCUCAUCCCCGCCCUCGAAGAUCCCGAACCACGAGUCCACGCGCACACCGCGUCGGCGCUUAUCAACUUCUGCGAGGGCAUCAAGCGUGAUACCCUCCUUUCCUAUCUUGACCCGAUUGUCAAGCGCCUGCUGAAGUUGUUGAAUCCGGGCGGUGACCAGACGCAGGUGAGGCGGUAUGUGCAGGAGCAGGCGAUCACGACGCUUGCGAUGGUUGCGGAUGCGAGUGACAACAACCUCGCACACAACACGGGAAGUGUAGGAGUGAGGGAAUAG